AUGCGUCUUCUCCAUUUCGACUCACUGGACAGACUGAUCUCGGAAGACUUUAGCGGCAAGCCGAUCCCGCCCUACGCUAUCCUGUCGCACCGAUGGAGCGACUCCGAAGCCCUUUUUGAAGACAUAUCAUUGUCUGGACGCUACAAGGAGAAGAAAGAAGGCUACCAGAAGCUCAGGUUUUGUGCCAAGCAGGCGGCCCGGGACCAGCUGCAGUACUUCUGGGUCGACACAUGCUGCAUCGACAAAUGGAACAAUCGCGAGCGCUCGAUGGCGAUCAACUCGAUGUUUAAGUGGUAUAGUAACGCGGCUCGAUGCUACGUCUUUCUGUCAGAUGUUUCAGUGGCUUCUGCGACAGAGGCGUCCCAGCGCAGCAGCUGGGAGGCAUUGUUUCGGGGGAGCGACUGGUUCAAGCGAGGAUGGACGCUUCAGGAGAUGAUUGCGCCAGUGUCAGUCGAGUUCUUCUCGCGCGAAGGACAGCGCAUAGGCGACAAAGCGUCACUUGAUCAACUACUACACGAUCGCACCGGCAUCCCGCUUGCAGCACUGCGCAACUGUCCUUUAGACCAGUUCAGCACAUCUGAACGAAUGCGGUGGGCGGAGAAUCGCACAACAACUGAAGAAGAAGACAUUGUGUACUGUCUGCUUGGAGUUCUUGACGUCUCUAUGCCUACGCCAUAUAGAGAAGGAAAGGAGAGCGCAUUGAGAAGACUGCACGCUGAACUAGAGGGAGUCGGCAGUAGUGCACCAUCAAUCAUUCCGUUCUCACGAAACAAGCUUUUCGUGGGCCGCGAGUCACAGCUUGCAAAACUACAAGCGUCGCUCUUCAGCAACGAACAGACCACCACUACGCUAGCAGUUGUUGGCCCGGGCGGAACAGGCAAGUCGCAGCUUGCGCUCGAGGCUGCUUACAGAACAAGACUAGACGACAAGGACUGCUCAGUCUUUUGGAUGGAUGCUAGCGACACAGACAGCCUCUACCAGUCGUAUGCAAGCGUUGCGCAGAAGCUCAGCAUUCCUGGUUGCGACGAUGGCCAGGCAGACAUAAAGCAGGUCGUAAAACGUUGUAUGGCAGAGUUGAGUGCACGGCGAUGUUUGCUGAUUUUUGACAACGCCGAGGGCAUAGCUGCACAGCGUAGUGACUCGUCUACAGAGGCUGCAGACCUGGUCGAGUUUUUGCCGCACUCCAAGCUGUGUUCUGUCGUCUUCACAACAACAGAGAGCGAUAUAUUAAAGGCGAUUGCUCCACAAAACGUGAUAGCGCUGGAUGAGCUAACGCCAGACACCGCGCUGAGGAUGCUACAAAGUCGCUUGACAACACCGCUUUCAGAAACUAAGCAGCAGGAAGCUAUGCACUUGCUCAGAGAGCUAUUGUACCUGCCUUUAGCAGUCGCGCAAGCGGCGGCGUGCAUGAACGCAAGCAAUAUGACAGCGCAGCAAUACCGAGCACAGCUAAACGAGCACAAAGAAGCAGCUCUCAAGUACAGCAGUAACUCGUCCGAAGGUGAGCAGCAGGAACCUGGUCUCAGAAACACUGUAGCUGCUACAGUAUCUCUCUCUAUAGGCCAAGUCCAGCAGGGCAACGCUGUUGCUGCAAAAUAUCUUUAUUUUGCUGCAUGCGUAGAUCGAAAGGACAUCUCGCUCGAUCUCCUAGAGGCAGCUUCGCCGCAGGCUCGUGAAGACGCCGUCAAGAUACUUGACAGGUAUGCGCUCAUCAUUAGGCGCCCUGCCGAGUCUGCGCUUGAUGUUCACCAAUUAGUGCAUCACGCCUUACGAGAACAGCUGCAGGUGCAGGAACGGCUCCAAGAAUGGAAUCAACACGCAAUCACACAGCUACUCCAGGUGUUUCCAAACAGUGAUCACAGUAACAGAAGUAAGUGGAGACGACUGCUUCCGCACGCGCAGUGUGCGCUGUCGCAUAGUGGGAAGAAUGAUAACGAGGAGAGAUCGAAUCUUGCAGAAAAUUGUGCCAUGGCUCUGUCCAGUGAUGGACAAGACAAGGGAGCCGAAGAGCUGCAUAUGCAAGUAAUGGAGACAAGGAGGAUAGUGCUGGGGCGCGAGCACCCCUCCACGCUGGCCAGCAUGAACAACUUGGCAGGAGUGCUGGUGCUGGACAGGCAGGGCAAGUACGAGGAGGCAGAAGUGAUGCAUAGGCAGACGCUGGCAACAAGAGAGAUGGUGCUGGGGCGCGAGCAUCCUGACACGCUGACCAGCGUUUACUGCCUUGCUCACCUGCUUGCGAAGCAAUAUGACUACGAGGAAUCUCUUGCUCUGUACGAUAGGGCAUGCGAUGGGCUCAGUGUUAUCCUUGGAGAUCAUCACCCAACUACCCGUGGAUGUCGCCAACACCGUACCAAAGCGAUUGCGUUACAAGAGCAGUCUCAGGUUGUCUCCUCUCCAGCUGCGCCAGACAAGGGUGUGAGCGAUCAGGAGCUCAAAACAUAG